CUCUCUCUCUCUAGCAGCAGCAGCAGGGCAUCCACAGAAGUUGACCAGCAGGGCGGCUGCUGCUGUUAUAUAACGCCCGCCUCUCGCCGCUCUCCAGCUCUUCUUAAUUUCUCUUGUAUGAUACACACAAGUUAAUUAGUGGUAGAAUCGAUCCAUCUUGCAGAAGCAGCUCCAUAUCUAUCCAUCCAGGCCUGCAGCUGCCCGGCCGGCCGCAGGGAUAGCACCUAGCGCGGGCGCGGGAGGGGAGUGCUUCUUGAGAUCGAUCGAUCGAUCGAGCUGUGUGUGUGCGCGCGCGCGCUGCUUGCCGCGCGCGACGACGACGCGAUGGCCAUCAACUCGCUGAGCAUGGUGGAGGCCAGGCUGCCGCCGGGGUUCAGGUUCCACCCGCGGGACGACGAGCUCGUGCUCGACUACCUCGCCAAGAAGCUCGCCGGCGGCGCCGGAGUCGGCGGAGGCCCGCUGGUGGUGAGCAUCUACGGCUGCCCCGCCAUGGUCGACGUCGAUCUCAACAAGUGCGAGCCCUGGGACCUUCCCGAAAUCGCGUGCAUUGGUGGAAAAGAGUGGUAUUUCUACAGCCUUAGAGAUAGAAAGUAUGCCACCGGCCAGCGUACAAACAGAGCAACUGAUUCAGGAUAUUGGAAGGCCACGGGGAAAGACCGUCCAAUAAGCCGGAAAGGGUUACUUGUUGGUAUGCGCAAAACUCUUGUGUUUUAUCAAGGUAGAGCCCCAAAGGGGAAGAAGACCGAGUGGGUUAUGCAUGAAUUUCGCAUGGAAGGGCAAGGUGAUCCCAUGAAAUUACCUUUCAAGGAGGACUGGGUCUUGUGUAGAGUUUUCUACAAGAGUAGGGCAACAGUUGCAAAGCCACCCACAGAGAGUAGCAGCAGCUUCAAUAUUGAUGCUGCCACAACUUCAUUGCCUCCCCUCAUUGACAACAACUACAAUAUUUCCUUUGAUCAGCCUGGCUCAUCAGUGCAAAACCUAGAGGGUUAUGAGCAAGUGCCCUGCUUCUCCAGUAACCCCUCUCAGCUAUCGUCAUCGAUAAACGCUCCGCUGUCGUCUGCCGCCACCAUGGCUGAUCCGGAGCAACACAUGGGGAAGUCAAUAAUCAAGGAUGUUCUCAUGAGCCAGUUCAGCAGGUUCGAAGCAGGCAACGUCAAGAGGGAGGCGCCUCAAAGCAAUUUUUCUCAGGAUGGGUUUGAGUACUUAGCUGAGAGUGGAUUCACACAGAUGUGGAAUUCUUUCAAUUAAUUGAUUCUAUAGGAAGAUGAUUAUUGCCAUGGAGGGUGAUACGGAUCGGAAUUCCUCGACAACAAAAGGAGGGAUAUAUAUAUAGAUGAAUGCUAAAGAGGGCUUGGGUGUGUGUGCCUUCUGUGUGGUAUUGCAUGUAGCUGUAGUAGGUAUAUAUAUACAUAUAGUAGUACUAGUACCAUCUCAGUACACAUUCGUCAAAAAGAAGGAGAAAUGAGAAGAGAUAUAUAUAUGUUAUAUGCCUUAUUAUGCCAUCAAUGACGACAGAUGUAAAUAUAUUAUUUGUGUACUAUGGAGAAAUUAGAAGAAGAAAAAAAAAACAGCGCGUGAUGACAAAACAAGAAUCUUAUUCAUAUGGUCCUUUGUCUAUUAUUCCGUUAUGUGUAUGUAUGCAGCUUGCUCUA